CGUCGUCAAGGUUUUGAAUGAACGGUCAAACGGCAGCGACGAGCAUGGACGACGCAACGAAGUCAAACUACGAGGCUAAGGCUCGGGAUCUGCGCGCCGAACUCAAGCAGUGGGAGAGCCUCUGGAUCAAAACACACGGUGGCAAGCCCGGUCGCCAGGACAUCAAGGGCAACCCGGAUAUAGGUGCACAUCCUUGCUCAGAGGCUGUCAACGCCUAGACGGCACGCUGACAGACGCAGCGCAAAAAUAUAAAGACUACAACAAGGUUCGCGAUGUCCUCGCCGGCAAGCUCUCGCCGGACGAGUCGCGAGUUCGUAAGCGCAAGCCGGCAGGCCCCGCGCCAGCGCAGACGCCUGUUAAACGGACCAAGCACGUCGAAACGCCCUCCAAGCACCGCCCAAACGACGACGAGGGGCUCAUGAACACGCCGGCCAUCUCCCGAAAGCUCUUCAGUCCGGCCUCAGUGAUGGCCCUCGGCCCGACGCCGCAAAAGGACGGGCGCGUCCUCGGCCUCUUCGACUUGCUGGUGGAGCGGGAGCUCGGCACUCCGUCACGGAAGGACUCAAGCCCCAAGACGGACAGCCGCUCCCAUGUCCUCGCCACGCCGAGUAAGCGUAGCGUCGCAGAUGACGCAGACGCGAGGCUGGGCAGGACGCCCAUGUCGUCGAGCAAGCGGCAGCUGCUCAACACCUUCAUGACGCCGCUCAAGCGCCGCCGGCCAAGCGACGUGGCGGCUACGCCCACGUCUGUCUCCAAGCUGCAUUUUGAUACGCCUGCGUUCCUGAAGCGCCACUCGCUACCGACAGUCGACGAGACGGCGACGCUCGACGCGCCCGCCCUGCGACUGCCUCGGAAGCCGCUCGUCCGUGGCCUGAGCGAGAUCGUUGCCAACUUACGCAAGGUGGAGGAGGAGGUGCUCGACAACGACGACGAUAUGGAGGCGCUACGGGAGGCCGAAGGGGUAGAAGUCGGCAUUGGCAGGCCCCCAGCGCCACCCGGGACGACAGCGGACGCGGAAGACGAACCGCCUGCGGCGCUCUUAGGCGGCUUCGACGACGAGGGCAUGUACGACAGUCCGGUAGAGGACGCGAUGGACCGCAAUGGGAAUCCGCUCCCUAUAUUCAAGAAGAAGGGUCAGAAACGGACGACGAGGAGGGCCAACAUGCUGCCGGUACAGUCGAAGCGGCCGGCGAAGGCGGCGGGGCCAGACGACGAUUCACAUAGAAUGGCCGAGCCUGGGAAUUCCGAUGAUGUGGACUCAGAGCUGGGAGGAGAAGAAGCCAAAAAAGCCGCGCGCAAGGAAGGGCCGGUGAAGAAGACGGUGCGUAAGGUCAAUGAGUUGGCGCACGCCAACUUCCAGCGGUUGAAGCUGCGGAACUCGGGGGCCAAGGGCGGGCCAGGGUUCAACAGUCGGUUCCGUCGCAGGCGAUGACCGGCUAGACUAUACGAGCGUGAACGACUGAUGAGUUACGAUGAUGAUGAUGACGACGCCGCGAUGCGCCGGACAAGCGAAAUGCACGUGAUCCUAGGUGACUGGGUGAGGUAAUGUUAGUCCAG